AUCCCUCUCCCCUCAACUUUUUUCUACCCCCAUCUCUAAAAUCUCAGGCUACCACUCUCACUCAAUUACUCGCACUCUUCCACGGUGCUAAGAGAGGCAAUGGCUCUCAAUUCGGGUCGGAUCCACAGAAGUGCGGCGCCGGAUCGGGUCUCCGGGCACGCAUUCCGCCUCAAUACGCUCGGUUUCAGAUCCUUCGCCGGCUUUCUGACAAUCGCCGUUUCACUAUUCCUCUCUCUCUCGUUUCUCUUCACUGCCUCCUCUGCUCCCGCCGAUCUCAAAUUCGGUUUUCCUUAUAGUUUUUCUGGAUCCAAAUCUGCAUCUAUGCGGCGAUCAAUUUUGGCUUUGAAGUCAGAUCCACUGAGGCCACGGCUGGAUCAGCUCCGGAAACAAGCAGAGGAUCACAGGGGCUUAGCGUUAGCUUAUGCUUCCUAUGCCCGGAAACUCAAGCUUGAAAACUCAAAGCUUGUUAGGAUUUUUGCAGAUCUCUCUCGAAAUUACACCGAUCUGAUCUCAAAACCUUCUUAUCGGGCACUGUUUGAUGCGGAUGCAAAUUCAAUUGAUGAGUCAGUGCUGAGACGAUUUGAGAAAGAGGUGAAGGAACGGAUUAAGCUAACACGGCAAGUGAUUGCUGAGGCAAAAGAAUCCUUCGAUAAUCAGUUGAAAAUUCAUAAGUUGAAAGAUACAAUCUUUGCAUUGAAUGAACAGCUAACGAAAGCGAAGAAGCAGGGUGCUUUCUCAAGCUUGAUUGCUGCCAAGUCUAUUCCCAAGAGCUUGCAUUGCUUGGCUUUGAGGUUGAUGGAAGAGAGAAUUGCAAAUCCUGAGAAGUAUUCAGAUGAAGGGAAUCCCCCUAAGCCAGAGAUUGAGGACCCAAAGCUUUAUCAUUAUGCAAUUUUCUCUGAUAAUGUGAUUGCUGCUUCUGUUGUGGUAAACUCAGCUGUGAAAAACACAAAAGAGCCAUGGAAGCAUGUGUUCCAUGUUGUAACUGAUAAGAUGAACCUGGGGGCAAUGCAAGUCAUGUUUAAGAUGAGGGACUAUAGUGGUGCUCAUAUUGAAGUGAAGGCUGUUGAGGAUUAUAAAUUCCUGAACUCUUCUUAUGUUCCGGUGCUGAAACAGCUCGAGUCUGCUCAGUUACAGCGGUUCUACUUCGAGAAUAAGCUUGAGAAUGCAACAAAGGAUACAACAAAUAUGAAGUUCAGGAACCCGAAGUAUUUAUCAAUAUUGAAUCAUCUCAGGUUCUAUCUGCCUGAAAUGUAUCCAAAGUUGCACAAAAUUCUGUUCUUGGAUGAUGAUAUAGUGGUUCAAAGGGAUUUGACUGGACUCUGGAAGAUCGAUAUGGAUGGGAAGGUGAAUGGGGCUGUGGAGACAUGCUUUGGAUCUUUUCAUCGGUAUGCACAAUAUAUGAAUUUCUCCCAUCCUCUGAUCAAAGCAAAGUUUAGUCCCAAGGCAUGCGCAUGGGCUUAUGGGAUGAAUUUCUUCGAUUUGGAUGCUUGGAGGAGGGAAAAGUGCACGGAAGAGUACCACUACUGGCAGAAUUUGAAUGAGAAUCGAACAUUGUGGAAAUUAGGGACGUUGCCUCCAGGUCUGAUCACUUACUACUCCACAACAAAGCCACUAGAUAAAUCUUGGCAUGUGUUGGGGCUUGGAUAUAAUCCAAGCAUAAGCAUGGAUGAGAUUAAAAAUGCUGCAGUGAUACACUUCAACGGGAAUAUGAAGCCAUGGCUUGACAUCGCUAUUACGCAGUUCCGGCCACUUUGGACCAAGUACGUUGACUAUGAAAAUGAGUAUGUGCAAGCCUGCAAUUUUGGUCUAUAGAUAAAUAAGUCCAGGAUUGAAACCUAUGCUUGUGGGAUUGGCCAAGCUAGUUCUUCAAGAAUGUUUGAGGCUUAUAGCUGCUCCUUACACGUAGAUUUUGGGAUCAUAUUUAACCUAGAGACUUCCUACCAUUUAAGUUCCAAAGCAUUCAUCCUCAAGAAUUAAUAUAGAUUCCAUCCUGUGUUUAUAUUAUGUUCACCGUUAAGUUUAGGGUGGCUGCAAGCUGAUUAUGUGAUUUUUUAAUUACAUAAGAAAAAAUUUGUUCCUUCCAAAUUCAAAUGUUUGUCAUUACUGGAUGUUAGACCUGCAAGCGUUUCCAAUUAUGCAACAGUCCCUUUCACUUCGCUUC